AAUGCCAAGAUUCACCAAAAAAUGGUACUCAUUAAGUAUUUUAAUUUGGAUAAGAUAAAAAUUGAUGAGAAGUAUUAUUUGAAAACUGUUAUCACUAUGUUGAGAAGAAUGAUCAAUUAUUACGAUCAAUUUCAAACAAAUGAAAAGGAUUAUGAGACAUGUGAUAAGUUAUCACAAAAGAAGGCAGAGAAAUAUUUGUGA